UUGGUGGCGCCCUCUGACGUCGAUGGAUGCUCACUUGUUAUCGGAUAAGUUGUUGUUCGUCGGCUUUCAGUUUGAGUUGUAAAAUAUUAUAAAUGGUAAGUAAUAAACCUUGGACUGCUAUGACUGAUAGCUCCAACUUUUCUAACGACGGAUUCCAAGCAGAAGAGGGAGCCACCCGUCUGAUACCUGACGACCAGGGAUCAGAGCGAACGACCCCUGACCCCACGCGACACCCUGACGUCAUCGCCGCCGAAGCCAUGAACCAGAACGUGUAUCACGACACCGUCGACUACGGCGCCAUGUCGUGGACCGGCGACACCCAGCAAGAGGACGCCACCGUCGCCGCCGCGCCGCGCGAGAUGGCGGCUCCCGCGAUGCCGGCGCGGCGCAACGUUGGGGAGGACGGCGGCGGCGGCGGUCGCGAGGCGGAGGAGGAGGAGGUGGAGGAGGAGGAAGAGCUGAAAUAUGGCGCCGCUCACGUCAUCAUGCUCUUCAAGCCCGUCACCAUCUGCAUGCUCGUCGUCAUAGCAACGAUCAGCAGCGUGACGUACUACACGGAGAAGACCGGCUACCUGAUCUACACGCCGUUCCACGAGGAGACGGACGACCCCGGCUCGAAGGCGUGGCAGUCGAUCGCAAACGCGCUCAUCUUCAUGGGCUUCAUCGUCGUCAUGACGAUGGUGCUCAUCGCGCUGUACAAGUACCGCUGCUACCGCGUCAUUCACGGCUGGCUGAUCCUCUCCUCGCUGCUCCUGCUCUUCCUCUUCUCCUACAUCUACCUCGGCGAAGUCCUCGUCGCCUACAACGUCCCGAUGGACUACUUCACCGUCGGCUUUGUCAUGUGGAACUUCGGCGUCGUCGGCAUGGUCUGCAUCCACUGGAAGGGUCCGCUGAAGCUGCAGCAGGCCUACCUGAUCGUCGUCAGCGCGCUCAUGGCGCUCAUCUUCAUCAAGUUCCUGCCCGACUGGACGACGUGGGUUCUCCUCGGCGUCAUCUCCGUCUGGGACCUCGUCGCCGUGCUCUGCCCGAAGGGACCGCUGCGCGUGCUCGUCGAGACGGCGCAGGAGCGCAACGAGCCGCUCUUCCCCGCUCUCAUCUACUCGUCGGCGAUGAUGUGGGGCGUGACGAUGGCGGACGACGUGCCGCGCUGCGACGGCGGCGACGCAGGGGGGUUCUCCGAGCGGUGGGAGGGCGAGGCGGAGGCGCGGCGCGGCGAGAGGGAGCGCCGGCGGCAGGAGCGGCUGAGCAGCAGCGGCAGCUCAGGGCAGCAGGCGCGCAACGCGGUACGGGUGCUUAACGCGACGCAGGUAGAUGCUGGUUCUGCUGCUGCUUAUACGUGCUCUUCUCGUUCGCGGAGGGCGCCGGCGGACGCGUCGUCGGCCUCGGCAGACGACGAGGAACGCGGCGUGAAGCUCGGCCUCGGCGACUUCAUCUUCUACAGCGUGCUCGUCGGCAAGGCGUCGUCGUACGGCGACUGGAACACGACGAUCGCGUGCUUCGUCGCGAUCCUCAUCGGUCUGUGCCUCACCCUGCUGCUGCUCGCCAUCUACCGCAAGGCGCUGCCCGCGCUGCCCAUCUCCAUCACGUUCGGACUGACGUUCUACUUCACGACAUCGCUCAUCGUGCAGCCGUUCGCCGACCGACUCGCCGUCGAGCAGGCCUACAUAUAGGGGGCGCCGCGGCGCGCGCGUCGAGCAGGCCUACAUCUAGGGGGCGCCGCGGGGCGCACGUCGAGCGUCGAGCAGGCCUACAUCUAGGGGGCGCCGCGGGGCGCACGUCGAGCAGGC